UCGACUAGAAAUGACGUCCAUAAACAUACUCGGAUAUUGUCUUUAAAUAUUUUUUUGAUUUUACGUUAAGAUGAUUUUUAUCUAUGUUCGUCGUACACUUAUACGUUCUCUGGCACUUAUGCAUUACCCAAGCAGGGUUUCAGAAACAGCAGCAAAAUUUGUAUGAUAUAAGUAUUGGUAAGCCUUCUGCAAUGACACCAUAUGAUGUAAGACGAUAUAAACUUAAACUAGCCAACGGAGAAUACCUUAUCUGUAAAAUAAUGAAUGUAGAUAUCAGUAUGGAGGCUGUAUAUAAAAUUGAUCUUGGUGAGCUUUUGCCAGUGGUUCAUAUUAGCAUUGCUGGGUAUUUUACAACAAAGCUCAAUGAGAAACUGAGUGUUUAUCUCGAUAACACACUUUGCGCAACGCCAAUGUUUGAAUCAAAGUAUACAUUAAAAGAUUUUCGAUGCCGCAACUAUGUAAAAGGUCGCAUGUUUGUUGUCAAAACCAAAGUCAGCUUCUUUCUAUGCAGUGCAAAUGUUUACACGUGUAAGGCGGGUACAUACGGUGAUAAUUGCCAGUAUGUGUGUCAGCCAGGAUCAUUUGGGCUCGGCUGUAUACAGCAAUGUCGAUGUAGAAACAACGUUUCUUGUCAUUUUGUUACUGGCCACUGUGCCUCUGGCUGCCAAAGGCUACACUAUAACGAAAAUGAAGGUUGUCUUUCUAAAUCGAUUACAGCAAGUGAAAAAGAAAUGCUAGGUUUGACUACUUCCUCAGUCAGCCACCUUUAUACACUCCCGUCUGUUGAAAUCUUCAAAUCGUUUUUAUUAACAAGCACGUCCAUAAAAACAGCUCCCCUGUCACCGUGGUUAUUAAGCAAACAGUGUAUCGAGUUAACAGCUCCAAGUGGUGUUGCUACUGUUAGUGUAGUCAUCGUACAUCGUGUAGAAGUUGCCCUGCACGGCUUUAUUGUCACCCAUACAAUGUUCAAUAUAUCGCCGCCAUUUUCUGUUCAGUUGUCGGCGGAAAACGCUACCUGUUUUAUGCAUACGACGACGACGCCUUUAGCAGUAGGCCGACACAUUUUUCACUGCCAGAGAAAGGGAACAAGAGGUCGCUCGGUGAAACUGACCUACACAAGUCUCAGCAGCGGAACGGACAGAAAUCUUACGGUCGGCCUGUGCGGGCUAGGGCUUCUACGAUGUUCGAAAGGUUUUUAUGGUCCAGGUUGUAGGUUGCCAUGCAACUGCUGGCAAGGUGAAAGUUGUGAUAGCUCAAGUGGAACGUGCAAGUCAAAUGGUUGCUAUGAGGGGCAUAAAGGUCGAAACUGUGCUUCAGUGGAUGUGGUCAGUCCAACUGGUAUAAUCAAAUACUAUGCAACCUUUGAAAAUAUGAACUUGAAUCUUGGGCCUUCGCAAGUAAUGGAAUCAUUCUACGACCAUACAACAGGGAACUGGCAAACAUGGUGGGCUGUGCAGUUAGAUGCUGUAUACGACAUAAACAGUCUAACCAUUGAACUCGAUGUUCGUUACACUAUACGAGAUGUCCUUUUACAAGUCUACACAAGCAAUGAUGGACUGGCUUUAGUGACGGCAACUACCGAGCAGUUUUGGAGAGGCUUAAGCUGUACCAUAUAUGUACCAAGCCUCAGGUCUAUAACCGAUGUACCAUGUUCUUCACAUGCAAACACUGUCAUCAUAGUGAUGCAAACUUCAGACAAGUUCCAUUAUUUAUCAUUCUUGAGCAUCAAGGUGUGGGCCUGUACAGAUGGGACCUAUGGAUAUAAUUGUGAAGGGAUUUGCAGAUGUCGAGAUGAAUCGGAAAUCUGCCACAAAAUUACAGGAUCAUGUACAAGUGGAUGCGCCUUUGGCUUUCAGCAAGACGAGAGACGUCGAUGUUUGGCUAUAAACACUAGAGAGUUUGCCGAUUGCCACUGCAUGAAUCCAGCUCAGUGUGGAGCUGGCUAUCCUCACUGUUCUGAUGGCUGUCUGCCAGGAUGGACCGGAGACAACUGCAAUCUUUCUUGCCCAACUGGAACUUACGGGUUCAACUGCAUGCACACUUGCGACUAUUGCAUUGCUGGAUCGAACAAUCUAUCUUGUCUGUCUGAGGAUGGAACCUGCUUGUUUGGGUGUGCCGAUGGUACAAUCGAAUGCCGGUCUAUGUUACGAAGCGAAGAAUCUUCGAGCGUGUCCUACAGCGUUAAAGUAGUUAUAGUAACAAUCGUGGCAUGUGUCUUCGGUGCUGUCAUCUGUGGUAUUGUUUGUAAACUUUGCUGGCUCAGGGUUAUCAAUACAGAGGCUGAAAAAACAAAAAUAAAAAAUCUACGUUUGAAACGAGAAUUUAAUAAGGAAGUCAACGAUCAGAUUUUACGGGAUCAUAUGGACUACCACGAAAAGUUUAUCAAACGAGAUUUUUUUGGAAAAUCACAGAAAGGAGAUGGACUAAAUGAUCUGGAGGCAGAUUUUAAAGGCCAAACAGUAGUUAAAAAGAUAGCUUAUGAUGUUAAAAAAGCAGUUACACACAAAGCUCCUGUGGAGAAACCGGCCGGUCAAGGGAAACCUUUAGGUGAAGAUCAUGAGCAGCAAGAUUCCGACUUAAAGGUAGCCGAGUGGGUCUUGUCUCAAGACUUUGAUCUCUUUAUAAAUCGUAGGAAGGAAAGAUUAGCCAAUUACCAAGGCAACAUCCUUGAAAUAGAGGAGACGGUUUAUGAUAUACCAAGAGUAAGUUUAGAAGGUGAAGAUAUUCACAUAUUAUAUGAUGAAAUAGCCCCACUUGAGCUACCAUAAUGAUUGAUUUCACCUUUCUUCAAAUAUUGACUCAAUAUUUUAGCAUAAAAUAAAGUAAACAUCUUAGCGACAAGUUGGGUUGAACUUAUGCUUCCAAAAGUCUUUUGGCAAAAGAAUUUUAAAGAAUGAUAACAAUUUUUAGCCUCUGCGUGUACUAUGUUUAAAAAUUGUGUUCAUGUCAGUUUAUAAAAUAAAUCACAAAAACAUUUGAAUUUGAAUAAAAAUAAACGUUCUUAAAUUUGUAUUAUCUCUACAACACUUUAUAUUUCAUUAAAUGCAGGUCGAUAAUGUUAGGACACUGUGGACAUUUGUACAAAAAUGGUUAAUAAAUAUACAAUUUCUAAAGUGUUUAUUUCUGUUUGGCCUUUUGGCAAUAUUUUUUUACUUUGUUGGUAGAUCAAAAUUGUAUUCAUCUGCAACAACGGCUGAAUCACCUUUCGUUACGAGAGUUUAGUGUCAGUAAUCAUGUAACUGCAGCGUUUUCUUAGUAACAGAGUUGAAAAAGAAACCAAAUAUACCAAUUAGUUUUCUGUAAAAAAAAAUUCACUCACAAAGCACAUUAAAUAAACAUUUUAAUAGUUAAUAUUUAUUAAAUUUCAAACAAAACUAACAGACUUAAAUUAAUUUUU